GCCACCAUUUUGUGUGAGGGAAUGCCGUCUUCUUCCCUGGCCGGCCUCGGAUCGCGUUCGGCUCCCCAGCUGCUGGUGCCGAGCCCCCUCCCCUCCCACCGCGCCCCACCUGGAGCCUGUCUGCGCUCGCCGGUGGCCCUGGCUGGGUGAAAAGCGGACCUGAGGAUGGCAUUCCCUGUGGAUAUGCUGGAUAAUUGCAGUCAUGAGGAAUUGGAAAAUUCUGCUGAAGAUUAUAUGUCAGAUCUAAGGUGUGGGGACCCUGAAAACCCUGAAUGUUUUUCUCUUCUCAAUGUUACGAUUCCUAUUAGCCUGUCAAAUGUAGGCUUUGUACCUCUUUAUGGUGGAGAUCAGACUGAGAAAAUUCUUGCUCUUUUUGCACCUGAGGACUCACUCACAGCUGUGGCACUUUACCUUGCUGAUCAGUGGUGGGCUAUUGAUGAUAUUGUGAAAACAUCAGUCCCUUCUAGAGAGGGGCUUAAGCAGGUGAGAACUCUUGGGGAGAGAGUGGUUCUGUAUGUUCUGAAUCGAAUUAUUUAUAGAAAACAGGAAAUGGAGAGAAAUGAGAUACCAUUCCUGUGUCACAGCAGUACUGAUUACGCCAAGAUUCUUUGGAAGAAAGGAGAGGCCAUUGGGUUUUAUUCAGUUAAGCCUACAGGAAGCAUAUGUGCCUCAUUUCUUACCCAAAGCUACCAACUGCCAGUUCUUGAUACAAUGUUUGUAAGAAAGAAAUACAGAGGCAAAGAUUUUGGGCUUCAUAUGCUGGAGGACUUUGUUGAUUCCUUUACAGAGGAUGCUCUUGGCUUGCGGUAUCCACUCUCCUCUCUCAUGUACACAGCUUGCAAGCAGUACUUUGAAAAGUAUCCAGGAGAUCAUGAACUCCUUUGGGAGGUUGAAGGUGUUGGACACUGGUACCAGCGGAUACCAGUCACCAGAGCAUUACAGAGAGAAACACUUAAAAUUACAGCAGUUUCUCAAAAUGAAGCUAAAAGACCUAUGUCUGGAGAAUAUGGUCUUGCAUCUGUUCCAGAAUAUGAAGCAGGAACUGAAGACAAUCAGUCUAGUGAGAUGCAGCUAACUAUUGACUCUCUAAAAGAUGCCUUUGCAAGUACUUCUGAAGGUCAUGAUAAAACACCAGUUUCCACUCGUUCUCGAGGUAGUCAUCUGAAGCGACCAAAGAUUGGGAAGCGGUUUCAGGAUACUGAAUUUAGUAGUUCUCAAGGAGAAGAUGAAAAGACACUCCAGACUUCACCUACAGCUUCAAUAAACAAAUUGGAAUCUACUGCGCGCACAUCAGAGAGCUCAGAAGAAUUCCUGGAAGAAGAAGCUGAACAAAGUGUGAUUGAAUUUGAGGAUGAAAGCAGUGAUAAGGAUGCUCGGCCUGCACCAGAAACCCAACCACGCCUGGAAAAACAAGAUGGUGAAAAGGAAUCUGAAUUAGAGCCUAUGAAUGGUGAGAUAAUGGAUGAUACUCUUAAAACCUCACUUAUAACUGAAGAGGAAGACUCCACUAGUGAAGUUUUAGAUGAAGAAAUAAAAUUGCAGUCUCUUAACUCCAGUGAAGACUCUACUGCUCUUGUUCCACUGGUGGUAGAAUCUUCAAAACCCCCUGAUACCGUUGCACAGGAUAAGAUCUCACAUAUAACUGACACAGAAAUGUUGCUGGACGAAGGCCCAUCUGAUGAAAAGGGACACACUGAAGAGAAACUGCCCCUAGUUUCAAGAAAGAAAGCACAUUUUGGGAGUUCAGACAAUGUGGCUACCAUCCCAAAUGAAGAACGAUCUGACAGUGGUUUUCCAAACUCUGUGAUAGCUGAAUUUUCUGAGGAAUCAAUCUCUGAAAAUUUAUCACCCAACACUACUUCUUCAUUGGAAGACCAGGGUGACGAAGGGGUGCCUGAGCCCCAGGAAACGUCUACAGCUCUUACUCAGAGCUCUUUGAUAGAGGUUGAACUUGAAGAUGUGCCAUUUUCACAGAAUGCAGGACAGAAAAACCAGUCAGAGGAGCAGUCCGAAGCGUCUUCUGAGCAGCUGGAUCAGUUUGCGCAGUCAGUAGAAAAAACUGUGGAUAGCAGCUCAGAGGAAAUAGAAGUGGAAGUGCCUGUGGUAGACAGGCGGAAUUUAAGAAGAAAGGCCAAAGGGCAUAAAGGACCUGCGAAGAAGAAAGCCAAGCUGACAUGAAUGAAGAAGAUAUGCAGAUGAUAACCCCUCUUCUUUGUAACGUAAUUGUUGUUUUUAAAAUAUGGUAAUUAAUAAAUGGCAUGGGGCACAGGGCAAAAAUUCCAAAAUUUCACUUUGAACUUAUUUAUGAUGCCGGUUUUCUGUCCCCCUUAGGACCUAGGAUUCACCCUUCUUUUUGAUUUUUCAGGCUAUUUUGUGUAAAUACAAUUUUUUUAUUUUUAUUAACCAUGUUUCAACUUUGAGAAACCAGAUCAUACUAUAUUUUCUUUAGCAAUUGGGGAUGUCUGACCAUUAAUAUUUCAGAAAAUAUAAAUUACAGUGAAAGUAGUAGGCUUUACAUUACUUGUAAGGAUCACAGAAAUCUUUUAUACUAUGGAUUUUAAUAGUAAACUUGGUGAGGGUUCUAGUAGUUUUAUCUUAAUAAUCAAAACUAAUCAUUUUUUAAAAAUGUAGGCAUGUCUAAACAAAAAUGUCAGUAAAUGAAAAUAUACUUCAACUAAAUGAGAGCACAAAUAGAAAUUUAUGGUGAAAGGUUUGUGAAGGUGGUAUUUUGGCCUCUUAAUUCUUAGUUGUGUAGGUGCAGUUUCUUCCUUUGACUUCAGUGUCUGAGGAAAGGUAUUAAAUGUUUCCACCUCAGUCUUUAUGACAUCCAGUAUAUACAGUACUGCUAGGGAUUUAACUCUGGCAUGUAGACACUAAUAUAAUUAUAUAAAAUAGUCGAAGCUGGGGACUAUUAACUUUUGUCCUCAUUCAAUUAGCAUAUAUACUUCAGAAAUGUGAGGGCCCUUCUGAGGCUUCUCCUUAACCCUGCCACUGCCUUUAUUCUAGAAUCGUAUAUUCUCCUCAGCUUUUAUCCACUUCCCUAACUCAGAGUGAUUCCUGCCAAAAGAUCUGCCUGCCUGUCUGCCAGCUUAUGCCCUUGGCAUCCAUAUCUGGGUAAGUUUGGGCUGUGCCCCACAAUCUUAGAUCUAGACGGCAGGAAUGGAUCUGCCUAAGGAGCUAUAGCUAAAAGAGCUUAGAUUGAACUGGAGGCUUUGGUUGUUGCUCUGGUCUUGCUCACUCUUAAUUAGUUUGAGUACAGGUUACAAACUAGCUUGAGUGUAUACAUUGUGGUACUACAGCAAAGCCUUUGCGUAGGAGAACUUAAAAAACAAAUCUUCUUGUUAAUUUUUAUAUAGUAAUUUAUUUAAAAAUGAACAAAAUGGUUAUUCUUAGAAUCCAAAGAGAAUCUUAAAACAGUCUUACUCUUUGGAAGUACUGUGUGUACUCAGAUUUGCAGUUAAUUUGGAGAAUGCUUUGAGACCAUUUAGAUUUUUUUUUUUAAUUUUAUUUAUUUAUUUGACAGAGAAUACAAGUAGGCAGAGAGGCAGGCAGAGA